ACCUCUCUCUCUCUGCAACUCACCACGCACGCACACACACUCCUCUCAACAUCUCCCUCUCUCUGCGAAACCCUAACCUCACCUCUUAACACUCAAAGCGCUCAUCCUAAACAAAACCCUCCAUCCCUAAAUUGAUGAUUUGUCUUUUCAUCUCGAGAAAGGGAAACGAUGCUGCAAAUUUUCUUUGACCGCUACUGCUGUUGUUUAAAUUUGUGAAUUGCUGCUUCUGUAUGAAUUUUGAUGAUAUCCCCCUCAUCCCUCUCUUCCUCCCUAGUGCUGCUGAUUUUUGUUCUCCCUGUAACUACCAAAUAAAUGGGCACAAACUCACCGCCACCACAACCACAACCACCUGUCCAGGUCCAAGAGGUCCCAAGACCCUCUUCGGAACCCACCACUCUAAAGCCGGACUCCUCCCCAGCAAAUCCGACCACUACCAUCCCCACCCCCACCAUCAACCCCACCAUCAACCCCACCAUAGCUUCCAACGAUUCAAAAGAAACCCCAGUCACCAUCACUUCCAAACCGCAGGAACCACCUUCCUCCGAUGCUGACUUCAUAUACAUCCCGGGCUAUUCCAGGUGGUUUUCGUGGAAUAACAUUCAUGAAUGUGAGGCUCGGUUCCUCCCGGAGUUCUUCGAUGGGAGGUCGCCUUCGAAGAACCCUAGGGCUUACAAGUACUACAGGAACUCUAUUGUUAGGAGGUUCAGAGAAAACCCCACGAGGAAAAUCACCUUCACGGAGGCCCGGAAGACUAUCAUUGGAGACGUUGGAUCUGUUCGCAGGGUCUUUGAUUUCUUGGAGGCUUGGGGUUUGAUUAAUUACUCUCCGCCUGCCACAUCCAAACUGCCCUUGAAGUGGGAAGAUAAGGAGAGCAAGUCUAUCACAGCUUCGUUGCAGAGCACUGGUGAGCCCGCAGGUAGUGCGGCUGAUUAUAUGGUUCCGAAGAAGAGAUUGUGCAGUGGUUGCAAAUCAGUUUGCAGCAUUGCUUGCUUUGCUUCUGAUAAGUAUGAUUUGACUCUUUGCGCAAGGUGCUAUGUUCGCGGAAAUUAUAGGGUUGGUGUCAGUUCUUCUGAUUUCAGACGAGUUGAGAUCAAUGAAGAGAUAAAGACAGAUUGGACUGACAAAGAAACUUUGCAACUUUUAGAAGCUGUUAUGCAUUUUGGUGAUGACUGGAAGAAGGUUGCAGAGUAUGUUGGUGGUAGAAGUGAGAGAGAAUGUGUCACUUGCUUUAUCAAGCUUCCUUUUGCAGAGCAAUUUGUAGAAGAUCCGGAGUCUACUAAGGCUGACAACAAGUUUUGUCAAACGAAUGGCCAGAAUGAUACUGAAAUUGGAUCGCAAAGUUUUGGAACAGCAUUCCCAAACAAAAAAAUGCGUCUCAGCCCACUUGCUGAUGCAAGCAACCCAAUUAUGGCUCAGGCUGCUUUUUUGUCAGCUCUGGGGGGCGUAGAGGUUGCAGAAAUAGCUGCGCAUGCUGCUGUGAGAGCUCUCUCUGAGUUGAGAUAUAGAACAAUUAAAGAUAGUCCAGAAUCUCUCUCUGGUCAUGGAAGACAGCAAGAACCUGAUGCUACAUCUAAUGGUGACACCACUUUAAAAACAUUAGAAGGAGCUCAUGUAGAUGCGCAAUCCCAUGUUGAGAAGGAGGAGCAGGACUUGGAGAAAGCAAUCUCUCGCAUUGCUGAUGUGCAGAUGAAGGAGAUCCAAGACAAAAUUUCAUAUUUCGAGGAGUUUGAAUUACAAAUGGAUAGGGAGUGGCAGCAACUGCGGCAAAUGAAGAACCUGCUGUUUGUUGAUCAGCUCACUCUUCAUUUUCAUCAAAGUGCUGCACCGAAAAUUGCAGAGAGCAUACAGCAGAACAUUAAAACAGAAUGAUUCUGUUUCGUGAUUCUUACUCUCAUUUUUAUUUAAUUGAUUUCAUUCAAAAAGUAAAAUGUUAUUUUUGCCAUCAAUUUUCUUUCUCCUGAGGAUUAUCCCAACCAGUGAAAAAGAAUGUAUAUUACUGGUCAAUUUCCAGUCUUCAAUGGCUGCCUUCCUUCUUUUAUGAAAAACAACCGGCAGCACUCAGCAAGCUAAUGUGACUGUUUCUGACUGUAAACUUUGAAGUUAAAGUCUUCAUUUUUGUUCAUAGAACUAUUUCUUGCUC